GGGCAGCGGGUCGUCAUGGUGAUGUGGGCGUGCCCUCGCUAUCUCCCCGCCCACGCCCCGCGCGCAGCCGCAGGAGUCUGCACACUCGGGUCUCGCGAGCGUUGGCCGUUGGACAGCGGUUGGUUUCAGGCGGGCCGGGGGGGCCGUCUCUCAUGGCGACGACCAGCGAUCGGGAACGGGCCAGCGGGGAAACGGACGCCGAUCUUCACCUUUUAACGGCGGUAUCCGCCGUCGCCGUACCUCCCGAGGAAGCGGUAGUGGAGGAGGAAGAGGAGGAGGAAGGGGAUGUUGAGGCGUCCCGACCGCCCAAGGCGAGGGAUCCGAGCCCGGCCGCCGGCCCGCCGCCGCCUCUACUCGAGACCCAGGAGCUGGCCUCCAAGCGGGUGGACAUCCAGAACAAGCGCUUCUACCUGGACGUGAAGCAGAACGCCAAGGGCCGCUUCCUGAAGAUCGCCGAGGUGGUGGGCUCGGCAGGCCGCAAGAGCCGCCUCACCGUCUCCAUGCCUGUGGCGGCCGAGAUGCGCGACUACCUGGGGGACUUCAUCGAGCACUACGCCCAGCUCGGGCUGCAGCAGCAGCAGCAUGUGGCGCCGGCCCAGCCCGAGGCCCAGGCCCAGCCUCAGCCUCAGCGGGUGCUGAAGAGCGAGUCCCUGGUGCGGGAGAACCGCAAGUACUACCUGGACCUGAAGGAGAAUCAGCGGGGCCGCUUCCUGCGCAUCCGCCAGACCGUGAGCCGAGGCUCCCCCGGCUGGGGCUACUCCGCCCAAGGCCAGAGCCAGGCCCAAGGCCAGACCAUCGCCCUCCCCGCCCAGGGCCUCAUCGAGUUCCGGGACGCCUUGGCCCGGCUGAUCGAGGAUUAUGGAACUGCCCCGACAUCGGCGGCGGCAGGGGUUGGAGGGGGAGGCCUGACAGACGAGGCCGGCGCUCCGGGGCCGCUGGAGCUGCCCGAGGGCAUCUCGGUGCCGGUCGACAACAAACGCUUCUUCUUCGACCCGGGCUCUAACCGGUACGGCGUGUUCCUGCGGCUGAGCGAGGUGAAGCCCUCGUACCGCCACUCCAUCACCGUGCCGUACAAAGCCUGGGCCCGCUUCGGCGACAACUUUCUCCGGUACGCCGAGGAGAUGAGGGCGAUCCAAGAGAGGCGUAGGGACAGGCGGGCCGAGCUGAGCCGGGAGGUCGCCGCUGCUGCCGCCGCAGACGGUGUCCAAGAAGAAGAGGAGGAAGAUUGACAUCGCUUUCUCACCUUCCGAGACAGAAGGUGCUGGAAAGAGCUCAGCAGGUCUGGCAGCAUCUGUGCAUCGAGAAGCGGCGUUACCGCUUCGAUCCAGUUUGUCUCUUGGAACUCUGUUCCUGUGAUAACAUCACCCUCGUCCUAUCGCCACACAUCCUAAUGCUUUAUCUCUCCAUGUUACCAGUACCAAUAUUUAGGGUUUUAACACAAUGCAAUAUCACCCCCCCCCCCCCCCGAUUCAGUCAUCUCCCAUUCCCUCCCCCCAGCCCCCCACUUAAUCCCCUGUGUUCCCCCGCAAUUCUCAGUCGGCAUCUUGCAGCAUUCCACUCUGAGACGAAGAGUCAGGUGUUUUAUGACCAGUAGUGACAUGAUUAGCCGAAAUGCCGCCUUUGCUGUGAAACUCUCAGUUGGCACAUGUAGCCCCACCUCAUCUCCCAAAUUCUCAAUCAACGUCUCGCAGCCUUCCAGUCUUUUGGUCAAUGUCUUAAAGACUCCAACUCCAAUUCUCAGCUUGCAUAUUCCCUAGCAGGUUCAUUUUCCACUGCUCCCCAAUCAUUUCUCAAAGCAGAAGUAGAUGUGGCGUUUGCUAUGCCGUGCAACAACUGUCUCCACUCGAAUUUCUCUCUCACUUGCCCUAUUCCUUCGUGCCCUUAGAAAUAUAACAUCUGUCUCAGCCUUAAAUAUGUUCAAUGUAGCUUGGGUAGAAAAUUCCAAAGAUUCACAACUUUCUGCGUGAGAAUAGUUCUGAAUUACUGGCUCCUUGUCAUGAAACUGUUCUCUACCUCCCCCCCCCCAUGAUCUAGAUUUUGCAGCAGGAUAUCAUGUCAAUGUCUACCCUGCAAGUCACUAUCUUGCAUGUUUCAGUCAUUUAAAGUCAGAGACUAUAGAUUCAUUUAGUCAACCCAACCCAUUCUAUGGACAGAGAUGAUAUACCUUCUUUGUCUGACAUCCAAUUCAAAUAUUUUUCCAGAUCAUCUUCCCCUUCACCACAAUUUAUCAUUUUAUCCCCUAGAUCAUUGCUGUCUCCCCUCUCCGUCUUGCCUCCUUUUGCUAAUCAUCUACCUCACUACCCAGGUCGUUAUCUCAUUUUCCCCACCUCAUGGAUAAUUUUCUCUCAUUCUCCCCAAAUUGUUGUUUUGUCAUCUUGUUGUCUUCAUAAUGGAGCAGCACCAUUAUCCCAUCUCCCAACGUCGCCAUUAUCUUCCUGUCUCCCCAAAUUAUUAUUGUCUUGCCACACUGCCUUCUGCAUACCACCUUCACCCACAAGCCAUGCCAAAUGCUUGCAUGUGCAAUGCAGAAAAAUUAUCUGGCCUCCAUUUCAUUCCAUCGGAUCAUUCCUUGGAAAAACAAAUUGGUGUUUGGAUUUGUGCUUGUUUCGGCUUAAAAUGAGCUGGAGCUUGCUGUACUUAAUAUUACAUUUUAAAACAAAACUCUCCAAACAAGAUUUCAGAAUUUUUAAAAAUUAUACAAACAAGAAGCACUUUUAAUAUAAAUGUAGUUGCUUUAUCUUUUUGAGUGCAAACAGAAGUAGACUAGAAUCUCAAAACUGUCUAUGGAAAAAAGAUGUGUACACCUAUUCUCAAUGAACAGCCACAGCUGCUGUGAGUAAAGUUGUAGCAACUUAAUUCAUUUGAAUAACACUAAUGAGCUGCACACCCAUUCUAUCUUUGAAAAAAAUCCACCUUUUUAAAAAGCUUUUAAACUAUUGAAGCCUUUGUAAUUGCCAUUUGUGGCAAUUUAAAAUUCAAGUCUUCUAAAAAUUCGAAUCAGCACAAAGUGUGGUAUACAUUUGCAUGUACUAUAUAUGAAAUAUUUAGUUCACCAAAAAUUGAUCAGUACUUUCUAGACUAUUACAUACUGAAUCUAUUACAUACUGAAUCUACAAUGUGUACCAUAUUCAGAAAACAUCUAUUCUCAUCCCCAUUGGAAAAAAAUGGGGUUCAAAGGUAGGCAAUAACUUGUUAGAUAGUUCAGUUUAGCUUGUCUGAUGCACUUUAUUCCAGUUAUAACCAACAUGACGAAGUGCAUUAUAGAUAUGUUGUUCCAUACUUCUAUUGAAUAACCAUGAGAAAUAAAUCACAGACCAGUGUGCCAUAGGAUUAUCUCCAAACAAGAAAAAACUGUCCAAUCUGAAUUAUAAAAAUGUGUAAAAUUAUUCCUCUUUAUUGAACAUGGUUUGAGGGGACAGAAAAAAGUAGUUACAGGAUCUGAUAGAGAAAAUAACUGUGACAAAUAUUUAAUAGCCUAUAAUUUUUUUGCACUUUUGAAGAAUCAAAAUUGGAUGCUGCUCUACUCUCCAUGUAUUAACUGGGGACAACCAUUCUAUAAAUUUUUUUAUGCACAAAAGCAGACCAGUGUAGUGCCUGUUUCUCAUCUAAACAAAAUGGCAAACUUGCAAUCAUUUCACUUGGCUGCUAAACAUAAUACUUAACAGUAAAUAUCAGCAAUUAUUAUAACAUGAAUAGCUGUGCUGCAGUUAUUUUUAUAAAGAUGUAGACCAUGGGUAUGCCUGCAGUACUGGGUUCAAGGCAGUUAAUCCUCUGCUUCGUCAGAAAAGUAUAGAACUUUUGAUAAUAUUACUGGCAUUACUGGGGAUUUUUCAGAUUUGUGGAUGUACCUGUAUUAUGACUACGGUACUCCCACGCAGGUUAUUCUGUAGUAUUAUGACAGCUUUUUGCACUGACCUAAUAUCAACAGCACAUGAUGUAAUUUUAUAACAUCAGUUGAAAUUAAUUCUGUUUUGUGUAUUUGCCAAGCUGCAUUACUGUGUACUAUAAAACUAAAUGCACUGCAAGGCAUUAGCAAUCGUUUUUAUAACAUGCAGAAAAGACCUGGAGAUAUUUGGAAAAUAAUUACCUCUAACUAGCAGAGCUGACAGAUCACCUGUAACGUAGCCUUCAUUUUGCUGAAGUCCUCCAUCCCUUGCGUUUUAAACCUUGCAUGAGACAAUCAUGAAGCUAUCCAAGCACUUCACCAUGACUGUUGUAAAUGUGUAAAUUUAUUCACUGACAAUCAAUGUCAUUUUGUUAUAACUUAGUUGAACUCUGCCUGUUACAUUUUCUCCCUCCUACAAAGUCUGUAUUUUGCAGAUAAUAUUACCCUUUAGCUCCUGUUAGAAAGUUGCAAAUAAACUGAAUUUAGAAAGUUAACAUUUAUUUAUUGAUGCAAAUUGCAAGGAGGAUAAAGGAGGGAAGUGGUCCAAAACGCAGAUUCAUAAAGCUGUGUAGUCAGUUUACCUCUUGAAAACAAAGUCUUGCUUGUCUCCUAAAAGGACACCUUAGCAUGUUUCACUUCUCAUCUAUUUAUUUCAAGCUUGAGAUCAGUCUCUUCUGAUUUAGUGAUAUAAUGAUUUAUAAUCCACAGUAAUGCUGCAGUAAAGCCGUCCUUGAAAUUAAAAGGUGCUACUCUUAACCUGUUUGCAUCAUGGAGAAUGUAUUGCACAUGGGCACUGUGCAAGUGAUGCUUCUUUGUGCCUUUAGUCAUGUGCAAAUUUGUGAUACAAUCAAAAUCAGAGUAGAUAAGCUAUCUAGAUUAAAAUGAUAAAGUUUUUCAGUGUGCUAGGUUUGUAGAAUUACAGCCCCCAUGAAAUUUCCAUACAGCGAAGGUGAUUGUGAAUGAUUGCAGUACAAUCAUAAAUGAGGACUACAAAUGUGUAUAAAUUACCAUUUUUACAUUGUAUGGUAUAGAAUUUGCUAAAGGUCGUUAGCAAUAGAUCUUAUGAAGGUAAGUCUUUUUACAAAUUAGUUAUCACUGAUCUGACUCCUAAUUUAGUUAAGUAAAUUAGCUGCAGAAUAAUGGUCACAAUUUUGUGAUUGUGAUGGUACAACCCAAUAAUCAGUCUAUCCACCUGUACUAUCAACUGUAUAAAGAUAUUCUAUUUAUGACUGUCCAGUAGUACUUAAAAUUCUCAUUUUAAAGCUCCAUCUUAUUUUUCUUCCAUGACUGUUCAUCUUCCUAUUUACUAAGAUAUUGUACAAGUAGGAUUCCAAGCAUUACCAAUCUUUUGAAGCUAAAAUCUAGUAACCAUUAAAAGCUACAGUGGA